UUGUCAUGUAAGAACUUAUUGUCAUCUUAGUGUUUGAGUGAAGAAGCAUUGAGAGAGAGAGAGAGAGUUCAAGCUUCAAGAACAAACCUCCUUUAGGAGAAUAUAAGAUUGUUGAGAUUUAAGGGAAACAUAACCAUGGACGAGAAUGGUAGCUCAAGUAAUGAACCCAAGAACAACAACAGAAACCUGCCUGUCUCAGUUUUCUUCAAAGAUGCAAGACAUGUUUUCAAGAUGGACUCCAUUGCUAAGGAGAUACUUGGGAUUGCAUUCCCAUCUGCACUGGCUGUUGCUGCUGAUCCUAUUGCUUCUCUCAUAGACACAGCAUUCAUUGGCCACUUGGGGCCCGUGGAGCUUGCUGCAGCAGGAGUGUCCAUCGCUUUGUUCAACCAAGCUUCAAGAAUUACCAUCUUCCCUUUGGUUAGCAUCACAACUUCCUUUGUGGCUGAGGAAAAUACCAUCGAAAAAAUGAACAAAGAAAAGAAUUUGACUGAAAACAUUAAGGCCAAGUCCAAGGAGGUAAGGCCCGAGGAUCAGUUGAUUCAAGAUAUAGAGAAAGGAGCAUCCAAGGAACACAAUGAGACUCCAACAGAAUCUUCAUCUUCAACGAGUGAGAAUGUGGAAAUGGAUGAUUGCAAUACUAGUGUAAGCAAAUCUACCUCUGCUGGCAGCAGUAGUAGUAACAAGAGUGUGUCAAAACCUGGAAGGAAGAAGCGACACGUUGCUUCUGCAUCAACAGCGCUACUUUUUGGCACCAUCCUUGGUCUUCUUCAAGCUGCAACCCUUAUAUUUGCAGCCAAACCUCUAUUAGCUGCAAUGGGUCUGAAACCUGAUUCUCCUAUGCUAAAUCCAGCUGUUAAAUACUUGAGACUGAGAGCUUUAGGUGCUCCUGCAGUUCUUCUCUCCUUGGCCAUGCAAGGAAUCUUUCGAGGAUUCAAGGACACUACAACUCCUUUAUAUGUUAUUGUCUCGGGGUAUGCAUUGAAUGUGGCUUUGGAUCCAGUUCUUAUCUUCUACUGCAAAAUGGGCAUCAAAGGUGCAGCCAUUUCACAUGUGCUCUCUCAGUAUGUGAUGGCAUUCGCCCUCUUGUUGAUAUUAAUUAGAAAAGUGGAUCUUGUACCUCCAAGCAUCAAGGACUUGCAGAUUUUCAGGUUUCUUAAAAAUGGAGGUCUUCUGUUGGCAAGAGUUGUGGCUGUGACAUUCUGCCAAACCCUGGCAGCCUCAUUGGCAGCAAGAUUUGGCCCAAUCCCUAUGGCUGCUUUCCAAACCUGCUUGCAGGUGUGGCUGACAUCUUCCCUUCUUGCCGAUGGCUUAGCUGUUGCUGUACAGGCAAUUCUGGCUUGUUCCUUUGCUGAGAAAGAUUAUGAAAAGGUGAUUGCUGCUGCAACAAGAACGCUUCAGAUGAGUUUUGUUUUAGGAGUUGGACUCUCUCUUGCAGUUGGAGUUGGUUUAUACUUUGGAGCUGGAAUCUUCUCCAAAAGUGUUCUUGUUGUGCACUUAAUCAGAAUAGGACUCCCGUUUGUUGCUGCAACACAACCAAUCAACUCAUUAGCCUUUGUGUUUGAUGGUGUGAACUAUGGAGCUUCUGAUUUUGCAUAUUCUGCAUACUCCUUGGUUACUGUGUCAUUAGCAAGUGUUGCUUCACUGUUCCUUCUCUCUAAGAGCAAAGGUUUUGUUGGACUAUGGAUUGCACUAACCAUAUAUAUGAGUCUUCGCAUGUUUGCCGGUGUAUGGAGGAUGGGAACAGGAACAGGACCAUGGCGUUUUCUGAGAGGACGACGUUGAAUGAUGUGUUGAUGAUGCAAUCUAACAAAAGAAAUUGGGAAGAAAAUGAUGUUGUUUAGGAUCAGUUUUUUUCAAGACAUAAUUUAUGUUAUCUACUAUGGUUAUAGUCUUAUUAAUAUUCUAUAUUUAAUAGGCCAUUUACAAGUGUAAGUCUCUGUUUAAUGUAUUCUCUGCCACUCAUUGUUAUAUUUUGUA